UUCCCACGUGGGGGUGGCGGGCGGAGGCGGGGCGCACUCUGGUCCCCUUGGUCCAGUCUGCGAUUCCCUGCCAGUCACUCAGCGGGGCAGCUCUGGGGCAGCUCUGAGUUGCUCCGCUCCGCUGACUUCAACCUGCAAGAUGCUUCCCAGAGCUGCCUGGAGUCUGCUGAUGAGGACGGGAGGACUCGGAGCUCGAGGGACACACAGCCCAGGAAGCACUGCUGGCAGCCAGCGGAGGAGGAUCAGCCCCUAUGUUGACUGCUAUGCCCAGCGCUCCUAUCCCAUGCCCGACGAACCCUUCUGUACAGAGCUCAGCGAGGAGCAGCGGGCCCUGAAGGAGAAAGAGAAGGGCAGCUGGACCCAGCUGAGCCAAGCAGAGAAGGUGGCCUUGUACCGGCUCCAGUUCCACGAAACCUUCGCAGAGAUGAAUCAUCGCUCCAACCAAUGGAAGACAGUGAUGGGCUGUGUCUUCUUUUUCAUUGGAUUCACGGCUCUGGUGAUUUGGUGGCAGCGGGUCUAUGUGUUCCCGGAAAAGGUUGUCACCCUGACGGAGGAACGGAAAGCCCAGCAGCUCCAGCGCCUCCUGGACAUGAAGAGCAACCCCAUACAGGGCCUGGCUGCCCACUGGGAUUACGAGAAGAAAGAAUGGAAAAAGUGACGCCGCUUGCCCUUUUGAGACCACCCUGGUACAGAGCCUGAAGCCCAGAGCCCCCUCCUCUCCUCCUCACCCCUCUGCUCCAAUAAAAGCAACCUCUUUUCUUCUGCCUGCAAA